UAGACAUGCGCAUAUCGGGCUUGGGGUGGCCGCUCACGAACACGUCCUCGUUUUCAAAGCAUCCCCAGCUGCAACAGGAGGAAAAAAAGGGAGAGAUGCAGUAAAAGUUUCCAGGGCUUUAACGAGGGAAAGUAAAGGAAUCACAGAAAUGUGUGAAAAGGAGUAUUCAUUGUAAAUCACGAUUUCGGUUUUCCUUUCAAAAGGACAGAGAUAAGCAUGAUUACAUAGCAUCUGCCUGUUUCAGAGAACGGAAAAGAAACAAAAGUUUGGAGAGUUUAGGGUAGCCUAAGUAUGGCGCGAGAGGUUGAAGAGACCGAAGUCAAAGGUUCUAAAGUUAAGAAGCAGAAGAGACGGAAAAGCAAGAAAGAAGGCAAAACCAGGACUGUACACGCAAAUUUACUUUAUGAUAAUGCCAAAGGAGAAGAUAACCCUAACAGACACUAUGCAAACAACAAGAUUAAAACAACCAAAUAUACGCUGCUCUCGUUCUUGCCGAAAAACCUUUUCGAACAGUUCCACCGAUUUGCCAACGUGUAUUUUGUUUUCAUAGCUUUAUUGAAUUUUGUGCCGGUGGUAAAUGCCUUUCAGCCAGAGUUAGCGCUGGCCCCAGUCGUUUUUAUUUUGUCUGUUACUGCAAUUAAGGAUCUAUGGGAGGAUUACAGGAGACACCGCUCAGAUAAAGAAAUAAAUCAUAUGGACUGUCUUGUCUAUAGCAGCCAACCUAAAGCAGCGGCAGGUCAUCCGAAGCUUCAUUGACCUGGAUUGCGAGUUUGAUCCGUUCAAAUACAACAGCAUUAUUGAAUGUGAGAAGCCCAACAACGACCUUAACCGAUUUCGGGGUUACAUAGUCCAUCGCAGUGGCCGGAGGGAUGGUCUUUACAAAGAGAACCUGCUACUCAGGGGCUGCACCGUCCGUAACACAGAGGAGGCUGUUGGGAUCGUCAUCUAUGCAGGUCAUGAGACGAAAGCCAUGCUGAAUAACAAUGGGCCGCGCUACAAGCGCAGCAAGCUGGAGCGUCAGAUGAACGUGGAUGUGUUCUGGUGUGUCAUCAUCCUGCUCAUCAUGUGCCUCUUCACUGCCAUAGGUCAUGGGCUUUGGCUGUUUCAAUAUGGAGAUAAGCGCCCCGUUUUUGAUGUGCCCAGCCCUGAUGGAAUGGACUUAUCACCUGUGCUGUCAGCCAUUUAUCUGUUCCUCACAAUGAUUAUCGUGUUCCAGGUGCUGAUCCCAAUCUCCCUUUUCGUGUCUAUCGAGAUUGUCAAAAUUUGCCAGGUGUACUUCAUACACCAGGACAUGGAUCUGUAUGACGAGGAGACCGAUUCUCACCUGCAGUGCAGGGCUUUGAACAUCACAGAGGACCUGGGCCAGAUGCAGUACAUCUUUUCUGACAAAACCGGCACGCUGACCGAGAACAAGAUGGUGUUUCGACGUUGCACUGUGGCUGGAGUGGAGUACUCCCAUGAUGCUAAUGCAAAAAGGCUGGCCAUGUAUCAGGAGGUGGAUUCGGAGGAAGAGGAUUGCACUUCCCAUGGCGGUACUUUGCCAAGACGUGACAGUGUGACAAGCCACCAGAGUGGCAAAGUGGUACUUCGCUCUCAGAGUACCAAAUCUCACCGCCGCACAGGAAGUCGCGCCGAGGCCAAGAGAGCCAGCAUCCUCUCCAAGCACACCGCCUUCAGCAGCCCCAUGGAGAAAGACAUCACCCCAGACCCGCAGCUCUUGGAUAAAGUGAAUGACGGCGCCAGCCAAAUGGAGGUCAUGCGUUUCCACAGCCAGUCUCUCAGCCAGAUCCCUUCCGACCUCUCAGACAUCAUUGACUUCUUUAUCGCUCUCACCAUCUGCAACACUGUGGUCGUGUCCUCUCCCAACCAGCCCAGACAAAAGGUGCGGAGGUUCGAGCUGAAGUCCCCUGUGAAGACCAUUGAGGACUUUAUCAAGCGAUUUACGCCCAGCCGCCUGACGUCUGGCUCCAACAGCAGCAGCUUGUCCAGCCUGGUCACCAACCGCUCGUCCUCCCACCGCGGCUGCUCCAGCGUCCUGUCCUCGCCUUCUGCCGACAGCACGCUCAACAAGCUGGACGAGGAGCGCCGAACUGCCGCCAACACCAAUGCCAACGCCACUGGCACCCUGGACCACGCCUUUAGCCCAGUCCCGGCAUCCCUGGAUGGAGCUAGAUCGCCCUGGGCAGCGGCAAUGGCAGAGGGUGAGCUGCGCUACGAGGCCGAGUCGCCGGACGAGGCGGCGCUGGUGUAUGCGGCUCGGGCCUACAAGUGCUCACUGGUAGGCCGGCUGCCGGACCAGGUGACGGUGGAGCUGCCUCACUUGGGGAAGCUAACGUUUGAGCUUCUACAUACGCUGGGCUUUGACUCAACGCGCAAGCGCAUGUCGGUGGUGGUCAAGCAUCCGCUUACCGACCAGAUCACCGUCUACACAAAAGGAGCUGAUUCAGUCAUCAUGGACCUCAUCAAACCACCUCCUACAGACAACCCCAAAGGAAAGCGGCAGAGGAAAAUCUUGCACAAGACCCAGAACUAUCUAAACCUCUACGCCGCUGAUGGGCUACGAACCCUCUGCAUCGCCAAAAAGGUUAUGAGUAAGGAGGAGUAUGCCCGAUGGCUGCGGUGCCACCUAGAGGCUGAGACGGCCAUCCAGGGCAGGGAGCAGCUGCUGUUCCAGUCGGCCCUCAGACUGGAGACCAACCUGCACCUCUUAGGAGCGACGGGCAUUGAGGACCGGCUGCAGGAUGGCGUCCCGGAGACCAUCGACGCCCUGAGGAAGGCUGGCCUGCAGAUCUGGGUACUGACGGGAGACAAGCAGGAGACGGCCAUCAACAUCGCUUACGCCUGCAAGCUGCUGGACCCCGAGGAGGAGAUAAUCACCCUCAACGCAGACUCCCAGGAGGCCUGUGCCGUGCUGCUGGAGGAAAGCCUGCACUACAUCCAGUCCAAGUUCCUGUGCGGCUCCUCGCCCCCCGCCCACCCGAGUGCCACCAAGCAGCAGCAGCAGCAGCAGCAGCAGCAGUUCAGCGCCUUCCACCUGUCCCCGUUCUCCUGCUCCCCUGCCAAGUCGUCGUCCUCGACCUCGUCCUCGGCGGCUUCGUCGGGGCCGUUCCUGGUACACCGGCUGGGCCUGGUGAUCGACGGGCGGACGCUGGCCUACGCGCUGGACCGCAGCCUGGAGGACAAGUUCCUGGCGGUGGCGCGCAGCUGCCGCUCGGUCCUGUGCUGCCGCUCCACGCCGCUGCAGAAGAGCAUGGUGGUCAAGCUGGUGCGCAACAAGCUCAAGGUCAUGACCAUGGCCAUCGGUGAUGGAGCCAAUGAUGUCAGCAUGAUCCAGGUUGCUGACGUCGGCGUGGGCAUCUCUGGACAGGAGGGAAUGCAGGCAGUAAUGGCCAGUGACUUUGCCAUGCCCCGCUUCCAGUACCUGCAGAAGCUGCUGCUAGUUCACGGUCACUGGUGCUACUCCCGGCUGGCCAACAUGAUCCUCUAUUUCUUCUACAAGAACGCGAUGUUCGUGGCGCUCAUCUUCUGGUACCAGUUCUACUGUGGAUUCUCCGGGUCGGCCAUGAUCGAUCAGUGGUAUUUGAUCUUCUUCAACCUGAUGUUCUCGGCCUUCCCGCAGCUCAUCACCGGCACGCUGGACAAAGACGUGUCCGCGGAGACCCUCCAGGAACUACCUCAGCUCUAUAUGAGCGGCCAGAACUCGGAGGAAUAUAAGCCAUACAUGUUCUGGAUGAAUAUGAUUGAUGCCUUUUAUCAAAGCCUUGUCUGUUUCUUCAUUCCUUAUUUUGCGUAUGCUGACUCGAAUGUGGACCUGUUCACGUGGGGAACCCCCAUAAUCACACUGGCUUUGUUUACCAUCCUUCUCCAUCUGGGCAUUGAGACAAAGACAUGGACGUGGAUGAACUGGGCCUCCAUCGCGUUCAGCGUGGCGCUCUUCUUCACGGUGGCCCUGUGCUACAACGCCUCCUGCCCCACCUGCUACACCCCCUCCAACCCCUACUGGACCAUGCAGAGGCUGCUGGGAGAUCCGCUCUUCUACCUGCUGUGCUUCAUCACACCGUUUACCGCGGUGCUGCCCAGAUACUUCUACAGGGCUUGUCAGGGCUCACUGUUCCCCGGCCCUGUCCAGGUUGGGAGGCAGCUGGACAAACUCCCAGCCGAGACACGCAGGAACCUCCUGAGCCUACAGUGGAUGAAGGUGGGUUCGUUCGGCUCACUGUUUGGACCCCGCCCCUCCUUCUUCCCCUUCCCCAGGGGUUGCGGGCCGAGGUCACGGCAACCCCACCCCAGCUCGUCUUCCUCCUCCUCAUCUUCAUCAUCUGCUUCCUCGACCUCCAAGAAGCCAGAGGCGCCGGAUAGCACUCUAAACUCUAACAGCCUGGAGACGUGGACCCGCUGCCCAAGCUCCAAGCCGACGGUCAACCAGCACACAACCAGCGCUGGUGGCGUCCAACAGCAGGACAGCGGGCAGCCCCCCUCCUCCCCUUCCCCCUCCGCGUCAUCGCCCCACCCAGACAGUAAAGGGGAGCCUCUGGUCCCCCCCACAGACACAGACACCCUGCCGUACACCAAAGAGCCCAAACGGGCCAGGGGGGCGCCGCCUUCGCCAUCGUCAAUGGACCCCCCCGCCUUCGAAGUGGUGGAGCUGCCGUCGGACUUUAGGCCGCUUGGCUGGAUGACCUCCACGCCACUGCUGGCGCCGCAGCCAGUGCCCCAGCAUGAGGGCAAAGCUGGCAAUGCUCAGGGCGGAGCCCAGAGGCGGGACUAUGAGGGCGAGACCAGCCCCAUGCACAGACUCCUCCCCAAAGAGGGUGGGGCUCAUCGUGCCCAGGGCUCUGACUGUGAGAAAGAGCAUGCCCUCAAAACGACUCUACUCUGAUGCCUUCACCCCCACACACA